CGCGGAGGAGGGGAGGCGGUGCUUGGCGGCCGCUUCCCGCCCCCGAGCGGAGCCGGUGCGGAGGGGAGCCGGGAAGGAGCGAAGCCUAGGCGGCUGAGUGGCCGCCGCGCUCCCGCCAUGGCCCGGAACACACUGUCCUCACGCUUCCGCCGCGUGGAUAUCGACGAAUUUGACGAGAACAAAUUCGUAGACGAGCAUGAAGAGGCAGCGGCGGCGGCGGGCGAGCCAGGCCCCGACCCCUGCGAGGUAGACGGGCUCCUGCGGCAAGGGGACAUGCUUCGGGCGUUCCAUGCAGCUUUGCGGAACUCACCAAUCAACACCAAGAAUCAAGCUGUGAAGGAACGGGCCCAGGGUGUAGUCCUGAAAGUACUCACAAACUUUAAGAGCAGCGAAAUUGAGCAGGCUGUGCAGUCACUGGACAGAAAUGGCAUUGACUUGCUAAUGAAGUACAUUUAUAAAGGGUUUGAGAAGCCUACAGAAAAUAGCAGUGCAGUGCUACUCCAGUGGCAUGAAAAGGAGAGAGGACCAAGGCACGUGUCAAACUUUUGUCCUGUCUCUGUCAGCUGUACACCGCAGCACUGUAACACUUCAGCAAAUACACCCCCCACUUAUGUGUUCCAGACUGUGAUGAACAAUGGUUCAGCAUGAGAUUUGUAAGAGUUGGCUCAGGCCUUAGCUGUAGGAGGACUAGGCUCCAUUAUAAGAGUUCUUACAGCAAGAAAGACUGUUUAAAAAAAAAAAUCUUGUUACCUUGAGAAGAAUUUUGGAUGCCCAGGCUGGUGAAGAAGGGACUGACAAUGGACCAUCUUCCUAGAACUCCCAACUAAAUACUUCAGGACACAUCUGCUGGAAUGUAUUUUACUUUUGAGGUGGAGGGAGAAAUUGUCUUAUUGAUUCCUAAAUUCUUUGCAGGAUCAGAAUGUCUGCCUUUGUCUACAGAAUUAACACAGAACCAACACUUGACUAUCAGGCUGACUGGCCAGAUUAUGUCAGGUGUACCUGUGAGCACUGUCUGUUUGAAAUGGGGAGGGACUGUUUGGGCAGAUGCAGAUCCACAGGCUGUGGUGAAAAGGAGAGCUUGGGUUCUGAAGCGGAAAAACCUGAGAGUUUGUACAGACAUCCUGUCUUCUCAGAGAAGACAGGCUCUCUUGGGUUCAUUGUAAAGUGCCUGCUGCAUCAAUAAAGCUCUUGGCUUAUUAGUCUAUUCAUCGCGGUGUGUUCUCUGUAUGUUAAAUGGGAAAAGAAAGGGUUAGUAAUGGAUGAUGAUAGUUGGGUUUGGAAAGCUGAUGUAGAAGGAGUACAGGUGUCCCUGUCCUGCCAUCCCUGGGGGAGGGGGAGAGCAAGCAGGGUGAUGCCACAGCUGUGCCAUACUUCAACUACAGUGGUGUUGGAUGCUACCGAGAGACCUUUUGUUGAGUGUUUAUUUUUUCUUACUCUUUUGAUUUGUAUGUAAUUUUGGAGCUUAUUUAAUAAAGUGCCAAACCUUUAA